UCAUGGGCGCAGUGCUACUCAUUACCUUUGCCACACGCUUCUACAAGGUAACCGAACCGGAUCAUAUCUGUUGGGACGAGACGCACUUCGGCAAAAUGGGCAGCUGGUACAUAAACCGCACCUUCUUCUUCGAUGUGCAUCCGCCGCUGGGAAAAAUGCUGAUUGGUCUUUCCGGCUAUUUGACGGGCUACAACGGCACCUUUCCAUUCGAGAAGCCGGGCGACAAGUACAACGAGACGCGCUAUCAGGGCAUGCGCUAUUUCUGCACAACUCUGGGCGCGCUCAUCAUGCCGAUGGGCUUCGAUACCGUCUACGAUCUGACGCGCUCCCACGAGGCGGCGCUGCUGUCGGCCGCGUAUCUGAUCUUUGAUGUGGGCAUGCUGACGCUCAAUCAGUACAUACUGCUGGAUCCGAUACUGUUGUUCUUCAUGAUGGGCUCGGUGUGGGGCAUGGUCAAGGUAUCGAAGUGCACCGCAGCGGGCGGCUCGUAUACGGCGCGCUGGUGGCUCUGGCUGCUGCUCACUGGGACAAUGCUCUCCUGCACGAUAAGCGUUAAGUUUGUGGGCCUGUUUGUGGUGCUGCUGGUGGGCCUGCAUACGGCCAGCGAGCUCUGGCUGAUACUGGGCGAUCUGCGCAAGCCCAUUGCGGAGACGGUCAGGCAGAUCGCGUGCCGCGCUGUGGCGCUCAUUAUCUGGCCCAUUGUACUGUACACGUUCUUCUUCUACAUACACCUGAGCGUGCUGAAUCGCAGCGGCAACGGGGAUGGCUUCUACAGCUCGGCGUUUCAGUCGCGGCUCAUUGGCAACUCGCUGUACAAUGCGAGCAUGCCGCGCGACGUGGCCUACGGCUCGCUGGUGACCAUCAAGAAUCAUAAGACUGGCGGCGGAUAUCUCCACUCGCACGCCCAUCUCUAUCCCAAGGGCAGCGGCGCUCGCCAGCAGCAGAUCACCACCUAUACGCACAAGGAUGACAACAACAUCUGGCUGAUCAAGCCGUACAACAAGCCGGCCCUGCCCAAGGACGAGCUGCGUCUGCUGCGACACGGCGAUCUGCUGCGCCUGGAGCAUCUGGUGACCAAGCGCAAUCUGCACUCGCACAGCGAGCCCGCGCCCAUGACCAAGAAGCACCUCCAGGUCACCGGCUACGGCGAGCUGGGCGUGGGCGAUGCCAACGAUGUGUGGCGCGUGCUCGUCGUGGGCGGCAAGCCCAAUGAGACCAUACACACGGUCACCUCGCGGCUCAUGUUCGUCCAUUAUCUGCAGAACUGUGCGCUCACGUCCAGCGGCAAGCAGCUGCCCAAAUGGGGCUUUGAGCAGCAGGAGGUCUCCUGCAAUCUGAACGUGCGCGACAAGAACGCCCACUGGAACGUGGAGGACAAUCAGCACAAGCUAUUGCCCAGUGUCAGCUUUAGCAUCUAUGCGCCGGGAUUUUUUGCACGCUUCCUUGAGUCGCAUGCGGUCAUGCUGCAGGGCAAUGCUGGCCUCAAGCCCAAGGAGGGCGAGAUCACAAGCCAGCCCUGGCAAUGGCCCAUUAACUAUCGGGGUCAAUUUUUCUCUGGCACCAGCUAUCGCAUCUAUUUGCUUGGCAAUCCCGUCAUCUGGUGGAGCAAUCUCAUCUUUCUGCUGCUCUUCGUCGCCGCCUUCCUGUACAACGCCGUUCUCGAGCAGCGACGUGCCGGCCAAGCGGCUCUCCGGGCCACCGGCCAGCCCGAGGAGCUGGCUGCCACAACCGAACUGUGCAGCUGCCUUCCCGCGGACGGCGAUUUGCAGAAAUCAGCCGGGGACACAGCCACAACUGGACGGAGUGACUCGGCGAUGUCCUUGCGGGCAGCUGCCUGGCUGUUCAUCGGCUGGCUGCUCCACUAUUUGCCCUUCUGGGCAAUGGGUCGCGUUCUUUACUUUCAUCAUUAUUUCCCGGCUUUAAUUUUCAACUCUUUGCUCACGGGCAUUAUGUUCAACUACAUUUUAAGAUCGCUGCCCAGGUGGCUGCAGCAUGUGCUGCUGGGCACGUUGCUCUCGGCGCUUGUCUAUAGCUUUGUGCUCUUCUCCCCGCUGGCCUAUGGGAUGAGCGGGCCGCUGGCGAAUGAGCCCAACUCGACGAUGCACAACCUCAAGUGGCUGGCGACGUGGGAGUUCUAGGCGAACCAAUUGAAACAUGCGGCUUGCAUAGAAAGAAGCAUUUUAUAUAUAUAUAUAUAUAUAUAUAUAUAUG